AUGUUAGCUGAUAUAUUAAUCCCAUUAAUCAAGAAGAACUGGAUGGCUUUUGUAUAUUUUACGCCAGUUCUUUUCGUCGUUUUAUACCUGCUCAAAGAAUGGCGAGCUGCAUAUGGAUUUAAUAAUUUGGGACAGACCGUCGCCGCUCCUUUUGGGUAUGAGCGCAAGACGUUGCCUUACAACAAAGAAAACUGCGCAAGAACCAAAUUCUUGGACGGCAAAAGCUUGUCUAUCAAAAACAGAGACCAGUGUGGUGACCUGUAUUUGCAGAGAAGCGGCACCUAUAAGGAGAUUGUCUUAACAACUCCAAAGCAACUGAUGGAAUAUUAUAAAUCCAACAGUAAAAACCAUAGUAAGCUAGAUAGCUUUGGGGCUGGAGCGUUUCUAGUGGCUCUUCUUGGCGAAUGCCUAGGUUUCCAGAACGGUUCAGAGUGGUUAAGCAUGAGGAAAGUUUUUGAUUCCUUUUUCACACAUAAGGCAGCCGUCGAAAACUUCCCAGUAAUGAUCGAUUAUAUUUCUGAGUGGAUUAAAGACCUUGAUACUGAACAGAUUUCCGAUAUCGAUCCUCUACAAUUGGUCAGUGAUUUACCGUUUACCUGCAUUGCAAAGUAUUUAUACGGUAGUGAAUUGUGCUCCAAGCAGUUUCUUCAAGCUUUGAAAGAUCUAAUUCCUAUGCAUACGGAGCUAAUGCACUAUUCCUUUUUGACUGUCGCUGGCCGUUUUAAGAUUUUCCAAUACUUCCCUUCAAAAAAAAUGAAACAAGUGUCACAAUUUCAACGUCAGUUUAUUGACCUUUCAUUAAAGCAAGUCGAACUGAGCAGACAAUCGGGACAAGAAACAGUAGUUGAGAAGCUAUACAGACACGUCGAGAGUGGAAAAUUCACUUUCAAUAAUUGGAUCCAAACCAUUGAUGAGAUUUUGUUUGCCAAUAUCGAAGUUACCAGUACUGUAAUGGCUUGGGCGUUGGUUGAAAUGGGGUCAAACAUCGAAGAACAAAAUAGAUUAAGAUGUGAAAUUUUGAAGGUGAAGGAACAGUCAAGCAAAGAUGAUUUUAACAAGGAAACCGAUCCAAUGCAGAGGUAUAUGAAACUUACUGACACAUACUUGCAAUACUGUGUUUGGGAAACCCUGAGAAUGCACCCACUUCUAUGGUUCAGUUUCCCUGAAAUUUCUUCGGAAACCUUAUUUAUUGAUGGUAUUCGUAUUUCACCUAAUACGCCUAUCGUAGUCGAUCAAUAUCAGAUCAAUUACAAUUCUCCUAUCUGGAACCCAUCUGACAAGCCCAAAGACUUCGGAAAGAAGUUUGCGCCCUCCAGAUUCGAAAACAUUACUUUACGUGAUGCAUUGUACAGUCAAGUUACAUUUGGAGCUGGUUCACGUAAGUGUCUUGGAAGAAAUUUCGCAGAGCUCUUAAUCAAAUCGGAACUGGCGUAUAUUCUCUCAAAGUAUAAAGUGACUCUAACAGAAAAAGUUGAAUUCUCAAAGGACACAUUUGUGGUCCAGCCAAAGACUAAGAUUCAACUAACUGCAUUGUGA